AGCCUGGAGUUCGAGUCCCUUGGUAGGGAUGGGCUGCGUCGGGAAAGACUGUGAGGUCAGAAGGGUGACCCAGAUGGACACCCAGGCUAGGAAGUGUCCCUUCCCACCUCCAACAAACAACUGGAGUGGGCUCUGAGUCACCCUGGCUGGGAUGGCAUCUUAAGGGGAAAACCCUACUCUGGGGACACCCUUCCUGCCACUUUGCCAUGCUAUAUUUAGGUUGGGAAGGUGGGUGCUGGGUGACCCCCCCCAAGGCAAGUGUCAGCUUUCCUCCUAAAUAUAGCUCCGCCCAGGGGAGCCAGAGUCCUAGAGAGGGGCAUGGGAGAGCAAAGGGCCCUGCCACCCAAGGGACUGUCCAGCUUACUGAUGCUGGCCCUGCUGGAGCUCUCUCCUGCCUGCCUUUCCGAGGUCCUCUUGGACUGUUUCCUCCCUCUGGGGCUCAGCUUCUCUGACUGGGUUCUUGUCCCCUCUUCUCUUCCUUGGGGGGUCACAGUUGACUGUUUCCAGUUUCGCUAGGCAGGCCACAGUUCUUAAAGCCCACCAUCUAUGCUCUCCUCUCUCUAAUUACCUUGAAGUUUUCUUGUCUGCCCUAAGACUCCCUGGUCCCCUGCCAGGAAAUUCCAGGGUAGAAGACUAUGUGGGGGAGCCCCCACAGUCACUGUCUCUAGGCAUUGGGUCUUAUCGCUGCAUAGACCCAGCUGGCUAAUGUCUGGCAGGGAGAUCCAAGAGGGGAGACAGGAGCAGAGGGUGGGAACCCGCACUAGACACCAUAGCAAUCCCAGGCCUGAACCGGGGACUGAGGGGAGAGGCUGGGGCCUGGGUCCCAGUGUCUGAAGGAGGAGGCUGGGGUCUGCACUCCUGGGUCUGAGGGAGCAGGGCUGGGGUUCUGAGCACUGGCCCUGCACCUUGGGUCUAGAGGAGGAGGGGCGGGGUCUGGACUCCAGUGUCUGAUGGAGGAGGGCUAUAGCCCAGACUCCUGGUACUGAAGUCCCGAGGCCAGGCUUCCGAGGUGCCGGCACUCGCGUGCUAGGCGGGAUCCCCCGCCCCUCCUCCGCCGUCGGGCGCCGCCCCGCCUCCUCCUAGACCCAGGCCCUCCCAAGCUCAAACGGCGAGUAGCCGGCGAGCAGCGGGCGUCCGAGCUGCCAGCGAGCCGGAGGAGGAGCCGCGGCCGCGCCAAGGACAGCCGGGGAGCAGAGAAGGGCGCCCCAGGUGGCUGCCCCCUCCCUCUCCUGAGAUGUCAGGGAGGAGACUGCCUGUAUCCUACACAGGGGCCCCACAGAGCCUGGGGGCCCCCAGCCCCAGAGUGAGGAGGCGGAGGUGCUGCUGACAGGUGUGCAAGCCAUGCUCCCUCGCUGCUCCCGGUCUCUCGUCCUUUUCCUCCUCCUCCUCCCCCGCGUCCCCAUGGAGUCCCAAUCCCCAUCCUCCACCCUGCCCCCAUUUCUGGCCCCUGAGUGGGACCUCCUGUCUCCCCGUGUGGCCCUGUCGAGGGGCGCCCCUGCUGGCCCCCCUCUCCUCUUCCUGCUGGAGGCCGGAGCCUAUGGGGAGCCGGCAGGGACCCCAGCCAACCGCAGCCGGCGUGCUGCGAGUGAGACUGCGCCCGCCAGCCGCCGGGGUGAGCUGGCCGUGUGCGACGCGGUGAGCGGCUGGGUGACCGACCGGCGGACGGCUGUGGACUUGCGUGGGCGAGAGGUGGAGGUGCUCGGCGAGGUGCCUGCAGCGGGCGGCAGCCCCCUGCGUCAGUACUUCUUCGAGACGCGCUGCAAGGCCGAAAGCGCCGGGGAAGGUGGCCCGGGCGUUGGCGGAGGGGGUUGCCGCGGGGUGGACCGGAGGCACUGGCUCUCUGAAUGCAAGGCCAAGCAGUCGUACGUGCGGGCGUUGACUGCAGACUCCCAGGGCCGAGUGGGCUGGCGCUGGAUUCGGAUCGACACAGCUUGCGUCUGCACGCUCCUCAGCCGAACAGGCCGGGCCUGACGGCCGCCAGCUUGUGAACGGCUCAGGGUGAGGAAAGAAAAGAGCUGGAUGCUAAAGGACCUCCUCCGAGGCGACCUGGCAGCUUCACUGUGCCUUUUGAUUGAGAACUGGAAAAAACACACACACGCAAAAAACAAAACAAAAAACCCUCUCAUUCUGAGAGCUCAGUCUUUGUGGAAUAUUUGAUGAAACCAAACUGGGUUUCAAGGAAUGAAUAGAGUUCUGGAGGAACUUACAGUAAUAAUAAUAGUCACUAUCUACUGUCUGUUAGAACUAAUACAUGACUCUGCUGAUUACCAUUCCAACUUCGGAGGACCCUGGCUCAUCCUAGCAAUAGAGACAAGGAAAGGAUGUAUGAAAAGUGACGAGUGAGCAGGCUGUGCCUCAGUAGGUGACAGUCUGUUUGCCCAGCAUGCACCACGUUCUGGGCUCUGUCCUGGGUGCUACAUAAUAAAUCAUAUGCAGUGGUGGA